AUGUGGCUCUUGGAGAAAGCUGGCUACAGGGUGGGCACCGCGGAGCCCGCGGCCCGGUGGGCGCCCUCUGGCCGGUUUCCUAAGCGCCCCGCCCCGGGCCCGCCGUCCCGCGCCUAUCCCAACGUCCUCACCCCGGAUCGCGUCCCGCAGUUCUUCGUCCCGCCUCGGCUCCCGGACCAGGGCGGCGCCGAGCCUCCGGCCGUGCGCGACGCGGGCGGGCGCGGCCUCUCCGCGGCCUGCUCGCUGCCGCACCUGGCGGGCCGCGAAGGCUGGGCCUUCCUGCCCGAGAGCCCGCACACGCGCAGGCGCGAGUCCCUCUUCCACUCGCCGCCGCGCGCCCCGGCUGGGGGGCUGCCCCCGGCGCUGUCCCAGCUGCGCGUCUCCACCCCGGACCUGCGCCUCUGCCUGGGCCCCGAGAGCGACACGGCCUCGUCGCCCGACUCGUCGCCCACGGGCUCCACGCGGCCGGGCCCCGGACGGCGCCGGCCGCCCAGGCCGAACUCCCUGUCCCCGGAGGAGGCGAGCUCGGCCGACACCAGCCCGUCUGCGCGCCGCCGCGCGAGGCCGCCCACGCCGCCGCUCUUCCACCUCGACUUCCUGUGCUGCCGGCUGCUGCCGACCAAGGAGAGCGUGCUGCGCCUCGGGCCCCGCGGCGGGCAGCUGCGGCUCUGCGCCGAGUUCCAGGCCGGGCCCGGGCGGCUGCGGCUGCGCCUGGUGAGCGCCGAGGGCCUGCCCCGGCCGCGGGCCAGCGCCGGGAGCGGCGGCGGCGGCUGCUGCGUGGAGCUGAGGCUGCGGCCCCGCGUCCGGCCGCGGGCGCAGCGGACCCGCGUGGUCAAGUGCAGCGCCAACCCCAUCUUCAAUGAGGACUUCUUCUUCGACGGGCUCGGCAUGCCAGACCUGGCCGCCCGCAGUCUGAGGGCCAAGGUGCUGGACAGGGGCACAGGGCUCCGCAGGGACGUGCUGCUGGGGAAGUGUGAGACGCCUCUUAUUGCCCUGCUGCCCCCCUUGGGUGGGGGACUAGGCCCAGGGGCGUCCCUGGCGCCCGCCCAUCUCAGCCUGUAGACAGACUGUCGCUUCCUCAGGAGGUCUCCGCUGGGCCUGCCGUCCUCAUUCUUCCCAUCUGCCUAGCAUGUAUUUAUUUUUGCUAAU